UUGGUGACGCAUACUGUCGUUACGUAAACCGUUCGGCGCAAAAUUCAAAUGUGAUCAGGAAGAAAAGAGUAUCAGUACAAAGUAAAACACGCUUCGUGUUCAUUUAGGCAGCUUAAUAUUUUAUAUAAAGAAAGAUUAAGUCACUGUUCCAGAAGCGUUGGAUAUAAUCGAGUCACGAUGAGCGCAUCCUCCACACCCAUCUCCCGGGUGCGUCAGUGGGCCUCACCGUCCCUGAAGCACAAGGGCGCCUCUCCUGCUGCCAGCAACACAUCGCUCCUCGCAUCUUUCCCAGGCAACGAUGAUGAGAUGGAGCGUCGUCAGAGGCGCAGAUCCCGGGUCAUUGACCUGCAAGCCGCCGCUGACUCCUCAUUUAAUGAAUCUGCCUCUCAUAGCACCACGGGGACCCCUGCAGCUGUGCCUAAGCUGUCAAAUGCACAGAUCUCAGAGCAUUACUCCACCUGCAUCAAACUCUCCACUGAAAAUAAAAUUACCACCAAGAAUGCCUUUGGUCUCCACCUGAUUGACUACAUGGCUGACAUCCUCAAACAGAAGGAUUCUGAGCUCACAAAUUUCAAGGUGGCAGCAGGUACCCUGGACGCCAGCACCAAGAUUUAUGCGGUCAGAGUGGAUGCUGUCCAUGCUGAUGCCUACAGAGUCCUGGGAGGAUUGGGUGCUGAGACCAAGCCUGGGGAAGAGCAUGGAGCAGGGGAUGAAGGAGAGAUGGAGGAGGGGGCUGAAGGUGACCUGGCUGCUAAGCAAGUGGUGAAGAAGAAGAGGCAUCCCAAGAAGACUGUGGAGCAGAACCUGAGCAACAUCAACAGCUCUGAGUCUGAGAGGAAGUGUGAGGUUGACCCCAUGUUCCAGCGCAUGGCGUCAUCCUUCGACGAGAGCAGCACGGCAGGUGUCUUCCUGUCAGUGUUAUUCAGUGAGGACAGUCGCUGUGAGCUCCUCUUCCCUUCCCACAUGACCCUGCUGCACUCCAGGCCCUCUUGCUCCCAGCAUCCGCCGCAGUGCGUCCCUGCAACACCCUUCACAGGUGGUCUCCAGCGGACCCAGGAGAAGAGCUCCAUCUGCCCCUCCCUGGCAGACUUCUCUUUCACCAGCUGGAACCCUGACCAGACCAUGAACCAGAUGCUGGAGAAGUUAAAGCAGGGGGAUCACGUGUUUGACGUGAACGCGGAGGUGGACGAGGAGGAGUGUCAGGACUUUGGGGAUGAUUUUGAUGGAGACUAUGAGGAGGGUCAGGGGGACUAUGGUGGCGACGGCUCCAAGGAACACAAGGAUGGCUGUGAGGCUGGAGGGCCCGGGAGAGGAAGGGAUGUGAUUCCCAUCGGAGAGGGGGACGUAGCCACCAUGUGUCUGCAGCUGUCCGACCAGCCCAGAGAUUACUCCUACUUCAGCCCCAGGACCAUGGCUACCUGGGCAGGCCCUGGCUACUGGCGCUUCAAACCUCUGCUCAAGAAGGACAACAUGCCUGAGAAGGAGGGUCGCAAGAGAAAGCCAAAGAAGGCCUUUGAAAUCGACUUUAAUGACGAUGUCAACUUUGACACCUACUUCCGCGCCACUAGAGCCGCUACCACUAACACCAAGUCAGCCCUCAGCACAAGCAACAAGAAGACCACUCUGGCUGCAGACUUCCAGUUCCCCCCUGAGACCCUGUCCCAACUCAGCCUUAAGCCCGCCAGCACAUUAUGUAAAGAGGGCCAGAAGAGGUUGUCUGGAGAGCUGGGGGAAGGCAUCGGAGACUACGACUACAACAAUGCCAAUGACACAGCCAACUUCUGCCCCGGACUGCAGGGCGGUGAAAGUGAUGAUGAUGGUGAAGGGUUCAUUGGGGGUACAGAUGACACCCAGCCUUCUGUGGAUGGUAACCCCGCCUCCUCACAAGACCAUGACGACGUGUCCACCUAUGGGGAGGAUGACCUGGUGCCAGAGCCACACAGGGUUAACAAGAUUGAGAUCAACUAUGCCAAGACAGCCAAGAAGAUGGACAUGAAGAGGCUCAAGAACACCAUGUGGAAUCUUCUGACUGACAGUCUGGAAAAACCAGCCAAGCAGGAGGUGAAGAAUGUGGAGACUUCAGUAGUGUUUGGGGAGAAAGUCUUCAGCCAGACCACACAGACCCUGCUUCAAAGCUUGCCCCCCACCAUGGCUCAGAACCUGUCCGUGCCCCUGGCGUUCGUCGCCCUGCUGCACUUGGCCAAUGAGAAGAAUUUGGAGCUCAUCAAGGUGGACGACAUGUCAGAUAUCAUCAUCAAGCAAGGUCAAUGAAAAGGGAUAGACAAUGGGACUUUAAAAAGUUAUUUCCUUUUCUCUUCAAUCUGCUUAAUAUCACUUUUUCUAUGUAUAUGAUUAAUUAUGUGCCAUUCAUGUCAAGCAAAGGCACCCUUACAUUUUAAAUUUUUAGCCUGUGAAAGAUGUUAUUUCUCAAAUGUAUAAUAAGUGGCCCUUAAAAAUGACUCCUCUGUCUUUUUAUUACCUGAAGUGUUUUAAACAUAUUUACCUGUACUUUCCGUUUAAUCUGUCCUUUUUUUCUCUACAUCUAUUGUGUGUAGAUAAUUUAAAUGCUUCACUCACAACGGUGUAAUGUGUACAUACAUACCAAAACAAAUAAACAUUUGUUUUCUACAUUA